AUGGCGGCCGACGAUCAGGAGUUCCAUGCUUCUGAAAAGAUCGAGCACACUGCCCCCACCAAGAUUCCAUACUUCCGUCUGGUCUUUGAUCAGGGCGUCGUGACACAGGAAAUUAUCGACUACCCUUACCCCGGCUCCGGUACAGAAGACGACCCCUAUGCUGUGACAUGGAUUCCCAACGACCCGCGCAACCCCAUGAACUUCAGCGAGUUCAAGAAAUGGUCCUUUACGAUGCUUGUCGCUAUUGCGACGCUGGCUGUGGCGCUGGUUUCCUCAGCCUAUACUGGAGGUGUUGAAGAGAUUAUGGCGCAGUUCAGCAUUGGAGAGGAACUGGCCACGCUCGGUGUCUCGCUCUUCGUCUUGGGUUUCGCUAUCGGACCGCUGCUCUGGGCUCCUUUGAGUGAGUUGUUUGGCCGCCAGAUCCUCUUCUUCACCACCUACGCCGCCCUUACUGCCUUCAAUGCUGGUACCGCUGGUGCCCAGAAUUCCUGGACCCUGAUCAUUCUUCGUUUCUUCGCCGGUUCCUUUGGAUCUUCACCUCUCACCAAUGCCGGAGGUGUCAUCGCUGAUAUGUUCCACGCUAAGCAGCGAGGUGUUGCGAUGAGUGUCUUUGCUGCUGCACCUUUCCUCGGUCCUGUCCUCGGUCCCAUCAUUGGUGGUUUCCUCGGUAUGAACGCCGGCUGGAGAUGGGUCAUGGGCUUCCUGGCUGCUUUCUCGGGCGCUGUCUGGAUUAUCGGCACUUUGCUUAUUCCGGAGACCUAUGCGCCUGUGCUUCUGCGCAAGCGUGCCGAGAGGCUCUCUAAGCUCUCGGGCAAGGUCUACCGCAGCAAAAUUGAGAUUGACCAAGGUAAGGUUGCACUGAAGGAUUCGUUCAAGAUUGCGUUGUCUCGCCCGUGGGUUCUCCUGUUCCGCGAGCCCAUUGUCUUCCUGUUGUCUUUGUACAUGGCUAUCGUGUAUGGUACCCUCUAUAUGAUGUUUGCCGCUUUCCCGAUUGUCUACCAGCAAGGACGCGGCUGGAACCAGGGUGUUGGAGGUUUGGCUUUCCUGGGUAUCAUGGUCGGCAUGCUAGCUGCUGUGAUAUACAGCCUUUGGGACAACAAGCGGUAUAUCAAGACUCAGGAUAAGCAUGGCGGAUUCGCACCCCCAGAGGCCCGCCUCCCACCUACAAUGAUUGCUUCUAUCUGCAUUCCUGUCGGUCUGUUCUGGUUUGCGUGGACCAACUACCCCUCCAUCCAUUGGAUCGUCAGUAUCAUUGCCGGUGCGCCGUUCGGAUUUGGAAUGGUGCUUGUCUUCCUCGGUAUCAUGAACUAUCUCAUCGACGCCUACACCAUCUUCGCUGCCUCCGUUCUGGCCGCCAAUUCUGUUCUGCGUUCCCUCUUCGGUGCCGCUUUCCCAUUGUUCACCACCUACAUGUUUAACAAUCUGGGUAUCCACUGGGCCUCCUCAAUCCCCGCCUUCCUCGCUCUCGCCUGCGUGCCCUUCCCUUUCCUGUUCUACAAGUACGGUAACGCGAUCCGUCAGCGCUGCAAGUUCGCCGCUCAGUCAGAGGCAUUCAUGCGCAAGAUCCAGGAACAGGCCAAGGCCGGUCCCGAGGAGGAGGAGAAAGAGGAAGUCAAGUUCGAUCGCACCGAGGCCCCUGUGCCAGAGGAAUCGCUGUCGAGCGAGUCCGACUCCCAUGUUGACGCUCUGCCGACUGAACGCAUCCGCAGCCGUGCUUAUUCGACUGCUUCUGCUUGCACUGCCGCAAGCACAUUGCAUCGUGCCCCCACCUACGAAGGCAACCCGUACGAUGUUGAUAGAGUCAACACUCGCGAGUCCUUCAAAUAA